CUAUUACUUUAGAUAAAAGAGAGAAUUUUUUUUUACUGUAAAAAAAUGAUUUCAUUAUAUACAACCAUAUUAUCAUCAAUAAUAUAUUUGUUGAUACACUGGUGUCGGGGGAUAACAACAACAAGACAGACACCAGUGUGCGACCAGUUGGCACCCGGCGGCCGAUUCACUGGUAUCGGUGUUCAUCAUCAGUGGCUAAUCGACAAAUCACACGCCAAUCGCUACAAAGAUAGGUAUCUGAUGUACAAAUCGGGUAGCAGUUGGCAGUUUGACAUCAAGUUUAAUGAACUAAACAUUGGUAGUUAUGAUAGACCUACUAUAAGAUUGUUGGACAAUACGAUAAGUCGGUCGUACGGUUCAGAUAUUAUCAAAAGAUUUGGUCCCAAAGAAAUUGUUGUCGACCAAAACGGUACCAAAUCUUAUAAUUCAUACGAUUGUACAACAGUUUAUGUGGAUAUAAAUAAUAAGACAAUAGAGACCACUUGCAAGAGUGCCGAUCAAACACAGUUUAAGUCGAAAAUACAAUACCCGGCCGACAGUGUCCUAGUGUUUGGUCCCGUUCCCGGACAUCGCACUGAUUACGUCUAUAUUGUAGACAAACACCGCCACCACAACAACAACAACAAUGAUAUCAAAUACUAUAAGCCAUUGUCGGAAAAAAUCGACAACCAAUGUAAUGGCUGCCAAAUGCCCGACUUUAUUAAGGAUAUAGAUCCCGAUCUCUGGUCGCUGAUCGACGGUAUUGUUGACUACAUGGACAACGAUUACAGUAGUAGUCGGCGGCGGCGGCGGCAGUGGCGGAUAGAGAGGAAAGGGUUUCUUAUGUUUUUCAAUGUAAACUCUAAGCCAUACUAUUGUUGGCAACCGUUGGCUAAGCCGUUGUCCGAAAUGUGUAAAAUGCGAAGUAGUCUACAAAAGUAUGCCAUUGAAUGUAAAAAUAUUUGGUCGGCUAACUGGCCGACAGUACCGUCGACUAAUGAUGAACAGUCGGGUAUAACCAACGAUAAUGGAGAUAACAGUACCGAUAAUACAUGGAUUUAUAUACUGUUUUCAAUCAUAGUAUUGCUGAUCAUUAUUAUUGUAAUCGUUGUAUUGGUUAUCUAUUUUAGAGAUUAUUUAUGCAAAAAACAAUCAGCCGAAGGAUUGUCGCCAGAUAUUAGGGACAAAAUCGGCAAAUCGGACACCAAUUGGGAGAUUAAGGUAUCGCAGGUAUCGGCAGUUACACAGAAAUCGCUAUCCAAUAAUAAUCAAGUAUCACGCGAUUUAUGUACACAAAUGUGUACCGGCCCCUGGACUAGUAUGUGUCUAAAUGCUUGUAGCCUACUGUUCCCCGAUUCGGGAUCCCUGUCCCUGUCCCAAUUGGAGUCAUAUAUUAAGAAACAAUUAUUCAUGUAA